GUGGGCGUGCGGGGGUUGGCAGCCCGCGCCGCCCGGCUUUUGUCAACAGUCACGGACGACGCAGGCAGCGCGGCGCCACCCAAGGCAGCACAUCGUCGUUGAAUGUGGCAUUGAAGCAAUUUGCACGUUGUGACGAGCUUUGGCGAUUCCUUUUGGCUCAUCCUGGACAGUCCUGUCCGUCCUCCAGCUCUCCCCCGCUUCACUGCUACGGCCUUCGUGUCGUCCCAUGGCUGCCAUAAAGCCCCGCAUUCACCGCGAUAGGAGUUCUCUCCAGCAAGAUGGUACUCAGCAGCGUAAAAAGAGACCGUCAAUGCACCACAGGAAGGGGAACUUAAAAGGCAGCUCACGAGAUCUCGCUGUCACAUUACUUCGACCCAAGGGUCAACGGAAGAAAGUGCUUCACUUGAAGAAGAAGUGUGUUGUUGGCAAGCGCUCUCUCUCACAGCUGAAAUCUCUUUCGGCAAAUCCAGAAAAACAGACGAAUGAAUGGCUGAAUAAUUUGAAUUGUGCAGUUUCUCAGCCUAAAGACAACCAGACCUGUAUAUCCUCAUCAGAAGACGCCUGUACAAAGACCAUUCACCCUGCAGAAGUGGAGCCAGAACCAGCAAGUUCUAGUGGGGAUUCUGACAUGCCCUCCACUCUGGAAGCCAGUUUCACUGACCAGCUUCCUGUCGAGCCAGAAAAGAGCUCAAGUGAAGAUUCUGAUAUGACAUCAACUCGCCAAGAGAGUUGUCAUAAACCCAUUGACACAGCAGCUACCCGAGUGCCGCUUCAUGAAAACCAAACUGGAUUGUCUGAUCCUGGAAAUGCCCUGCAGUCACCUGAAAACAAGCCAACAGCUUCAGACGCCACACCGAAGAAGCUAGGUUCAAAGAGCAAUAUAUCUCCACAGGAUCAAGAGCUGAAGGGUGUCUUCAAAACUCCAAUGACUGCUGCCAAAAAAAUCAAGCAGAGAAGAGUAUUCCGUAGGAAGGAAUUUUUGAAGUUCUAUUUUCGCAACUCUAACAGCGGCUUUCUUCAAGCCUUGAAGAAAUUUCAUAAUAAGAAGUUGGCUCAGAGUCUCAAACACAUCGGUACUAGUGGAGUUCAAUCUAAACAUCAGGAUGCUGUCAACAUGAAUGGCAGCAUUCAGAAAAGGGCUCCCUUGAAAAUUGUUGUGAAAGAAAGAUUGUCCUCAUCUGGUGUUGCCCGGUCACUUUGCCCUUCAACAGUCAAGCCUCAAGUGAUCACUCCAACUCCAUUGAAGAUGCUCAGUGGGUUAAAUUUGCCUAUCCACAAAUCCACUACUCACAGUGUAGUAUCAUGCCAAGCGCCUUUUGAAUCCCCAUUUGAAGCUUCUUCCUCUGAGAAAGAAGGCUGUCAUGAUGGAACCUCACUUCCCUCUACUCAUGAAAGUGAGGGGUGUCAGGCCUCAAGCCGGGAGGUUUGUUACAUAUUUGCCCUUCUUGACAGAGAAAAAGAAGAGACUUUGUUCAAAUGCUCUCCUCAUGUCAAAACAUCAAAGGUCCUGCAGCAAAUUGCUAGUGUAAUAGAUUCAAUUUCUGCAGAUGAAGACCUGAUGAUAUCAAAAAAAGUUUAUGCAACAGAUGAUGAUGAAUGCUUGAAGCAACCUUCCAGGAUUGAUCAGAGCACAUCCCCCAUUGCACUUCGUGCAGAGCCCAUUAGGGCAGGCUUCCAAGUCCAAGUUCCUCCUGCUGCUGAAGACGUGCCUAACUCAAGUGAAGAAGAAAAUUCAGAUGACAGCGGAUUGCAGUCUGACAUGGAAAGAAAGGAUAGAAUGCUGAAUGCAACCACAAAAGUUAUCAUAUCAAAAGCUCUCCUCAGCUUUACAUCAGAGCUGAAAGUACUAACUGAUGUCUCCAUUCGACUUUUAGGGUGGUGUGCUGGAACUAUUAGAGCUGAUCUUGAUUCCGAUUCCUUUGAGGAUGAGUUCGAAGGUUUCUUAUGCCACUGCCAUGACAAAGUCAGUAUUUUAAUUGAGUGCCUACAUGAAUUGGACUUGCGUCAAAUCCUGAAUGUUGAUGAAGCUGAAGUGCAUCGGUUUUGGCUACUCCAUGAUGCAUUGAGGUGCAUGUUGCAAGCUUAUAGAUACAUUCAAAGUUCAUCAGCCACUGGCUAUUUAAGCCAGAAGUUAUUAUCUUUGUUGAUGACUUGUUCUAAAACAAUGUUGCCCAGUGGGAGCAUCUCUCUCACCAGGUGGUUGUCUUUGAUGACUAUGAUUAGUGGAAUAAGCACAAAGCUGUGGGAAGCUAGGCUUCUGUCCAAUGCUUGUUUGUGUUAUCAGCACUUUGAAUCUUUGCGGAAAGGCAGAUCUUGUCGAGUGUGUGAUCUUCAAUGCUUUUUUAAAGAAGUGUGCCAGACUGAGCCAUCGGAUCCGAAGAGCGUGAAUGCAAAAAGCUCUGCAGCAUGCGCGGCCAAGACUGCUGUUGAACAACUCUUCCCUAGAUUUUGUUGGUUUUUGAGUGAGAUAGAAGGUCUUUCUCAAGAAGAAUUCAUGACUGCCUUCCAGAAACAUGCAGUAGUCAAAUUUUCAUGUAAUCCUCAAAGUGCCCUGUAUCCCUGCGAUGCACACUUGUCAGGCAUUGCAUGCAACUGUUUUGCUGUAAGUACAGAUUUUGAAUCUCUCAGUGAGCAGCCUGAGGAGAGAACUGUAGGUGAAGGUGAAGCCAUUAAUGGUGGUUUGAGUGAUGUGCGCAAAGCACUGAAUGAAUCAUCUGACCAACAGAUUGUUCCAUUGUGUGAGAAAGGCAUAGAAGAGGAAACUCCUAAUGCUCAAUGUUCGAAAGAGAACUUGUCUUUGGGAGCCGGGCUGAAUACAGCUUCCCUAUCAAGUUCUAGAGGCUCAAAGGUCGUUGAAGUGACUCCAGAAAACUGUCAGAGUAGCAUUUGUUCUGAUGACACAGUUAUUGUAGAAUGCAAUGAUGAUGAAGUGGUAUUGUUACACGAAGGUUCGUCUGAAAGUCCAUCUGAAGACUUUUCACUCCACUUGCAGGAAUCCAGUAGCUUGGACCCUAAGAGCACUAGUGCCGCUCAACUUGACCAUAAUGGAAGUGAGGAUGACACUGCCACAACAGACAAUAUUGAGGGACCAAGUUGUAGUAUGCUUACAAACCCCCCUGAAAGUCCUCUUCAUUGUCGGGUUCCUCUGGCUAAUUCGAAAGUCAGUAGUCAGAAGGACAGUGAUAUUGAUACUAGCUUGAGUUUGUCCAGCAAUUCUUAUAUUGAUUAUACCCAUCCCAAAUUCCAAGUUGCUGAAUCCAAUAUCAAAACAACGAUUUUGGGUAAUGAUAGUGACAGUAUCUUGUCAGUUGUGGAUUCCCAAGGCUCAAGCAUGAAAACUUCAUCCACUGCAGAAGAAGAGCUCAUGAGAGAUGUCAGCUUUGGAGAUGACGAUGUCUUUGAAUCCAUCUCUUGUAACAUGAAAGAAAGUUCAAGCGUUUCCCCACAAAGGAGUUUGGAUUCUUCAUCAAUAGAUGAUGCCCAUUCCUCACAAGGAAUUGAAGACAAACGCACCCAGAGAUUGAAAAGUCCACCCCCCUUCCAAGUUGAAACAACACUAGAAGACACUGAUUCCUCUGUAGAAAUGCCUGCCUUUGGCCGGGUGGUUCAAAGCAGUGUGUCCUCAACCCAAGGGAAGGAUGUGGAAGUUAAAACAUUGAUUGGCAACAAAGGUAGUGCCAACUCAACCCAAACCAAAGAAGCUAACCAGAUUCAAAGGAUGAAAGAAGAGUGCAAAAGAAGGGUCCUUCGAGGUCUGCGGUCAAUGCAAGAUAUGGGGGUCAGUCCCCAACCAGAAGCAAAUGACUUGAGCCAAAGAAACAUUCGCACCAGAAGCCAACAAUCCUCCAGCAAAAGAGGUGAAGAGAGAAAGACCAGGAAGGAAACAUCAGAUGCUAAUCCGACUAUUCCUCACUCAAGUGUCUUACCAGAAAAGGUUGUAGGGGACCAACAGGGAGAGCCGAAAGAUGCAAAUAAUAUUCAUUCCAAUGGAUCAAUAAUGAAAAGAAAAGACAAGAAAGUGACAUUUAAUGACAUUCUUCAGUUUAAAGAGUUCACGGAUUCACCAUUAUUAGGAUAUGGGCGUUGUAAACGGAUGCCUGUAAACUUCACUGAUGUUCAAGAGAAAAUUGAAUCUCUUUUGACUGAAAUGUUUCCGUCAAGCUCAGGAAACUCAGAUGAUGAAGGUCCUUCAGCAAAAUCUAGAAAUGAGGAGAAAAAUAAAGAUGAUGGGGCUGAUGUUUUACCUGCCGUUGUGGAAAAAGACUCAGUGAAAACUCGAAAGCGGAAACUAAGUCUUCAGCAUUCUAAAGUUAAUGCUGUCAAGGAAAAUGAUGAAAAGCGAGCUACAGAGUCUUUCACCAAUGAAGUCUCGGAUAAACUGAAGCAAAACAGUCUGCUAGAUGAAAUGUAUAGGAAAACUUUUGACCCUGAGAAGAAUGAAGGUACUGAGUGUAGUUUGGUGCAAAGCAAGCCUCAACCAAGACCUAAGAGAACCAUGAAGGAUGUAGUGGAAGAUGAUGAUGACGAACUUACAGAAGACAAUAUGAAGAGUAAGAAUGCAAAGAAACUUCGAACCUUAAAGCCAAAGAAAUCAGAUGAUUCUGUGUCGCAGAAUAAAGUGACUCUUAGUACUCCAAUGACCAUUAAAAGCUGUCUGAAAAAGACAAUCAAGACUCAGACAGAAUCAGGUGUCUCAUCUAAUAUGAACCCAUCACAGAGUCAUAAAGAUGAGUUAGACAAGAUCGAGUUGGGAAAAAAGAACGAUGAAGAAUUUCAGGAUAUUCACCUGCGUGUUCAGCCAAAACAGGUGCAAAAAUUAGACUCUGACAGUGUCUCUGAACAGAGAUCUCAUCAAACGAACAGGAAAGAAACUCGGCGAAAGGUGAAGGAAAUGAAGGAAAAACUCUUGAGGGAAGAGCUCAAAUCAAUGACUGAGCAAGAAGAAGUGAGUCUCAAGUCAAAUAAUGACGAUGAUCAAAAUGCUGAAAAAGCGAAGUCAAAGAGGGGAAAGAAAGGCAAGAUGGAACCCACCAAAGUUUCUGUUUCUAGCAACACCUUGAGGGGUGGUAAUGUUGGAGAGAGAUCUGGUACAACUAACAAAAAGAAGGAGUCAAAGAGGUCUAAAUCUAACCUUGUGGAAGAUGUUCAAGGAAAAAACAAAGCUCAUGAUCUCAAUGUAUCAGACCCUGAAUGGAACAUGUAUCUUGUUGAUUUGAAAAAGAAAAUGCUUGACAACUAGUUAAUAUGUCCUUGUAAUUCCAAUUGUCUGCAUUCUGUUUAAAAGUGUGUUUUAUUUCAUUUUUGUA